CACAACCGUGAAUUUUUUUUUUUACAGCAACAAAGACAGCCACGUUGUUGUGAUACUGUUUGGUGUGAUUCUGAAUUCAACCGAUUGGGGUUUAAGUUUUCAAGCUAACGUUAACUGCAUGUUGCAUUCAUCCCCAGUGGUUUUUGGAUGUAAACUUCAGUACACGUGAACACGAAGAAGCUAUAUUUAACUUAGCUAACGUUUGGUAAGCGGGAUGUUGCGGCGUCCCAAGCCAACUGACUCCGAGGCAGACCUCUUAAGAGAGCAGGAGCAGUUUCUGACCUCGGGUGCUCCAUCUGCUGCCAAUGUGGGUCGCAGACCUGACAAGAGGAGAGGCGAGGCUGGGGGAGAUGGAGGGGAACGAAACAGGGAGAAUGAAGGAAGUCAGAGGGAUGUGGUCACCAUAGCAGAUCUUCCAGAUCAGCUCCCUUCUCUGACACCAGCCCCUCCGAAGAAGUCUCGCUUUAAAGCCAGUCGUGUCACCUUUGAGGAUGAGGAUGCUGAAGAGAGGCUGGAUAGGCAUGACACUCACAUCAGUGCUGUUCUCUCCAGGAUUGUUGAGCGGGAUACCAGCUCUACUCCAGUGUCUCUUCCUGCAUUUACAGGCAUGGCUUUCCCAAAAGUACUACACCGCUCAGAAACCAGCAGCCAGGUGCCUCUGUCUUCAGCUGGUGGAAAGAAGAGUAUCUUUGCUUGUCAGAUUGCUGCUCAGAGAUUUAAGGAGAGCAAGACAUCAUUACACUGUGCACCUGAAUUUGCUCAGACACCUGAAAUCAAAGAAAACCUGCCCCCUGGUACUAGUAUGGAUACAAAUCAUUGUGAUACUGCAGAACCGCCUACUGUCUCAGGUUCCAUGUUGGUGUCUGGUCAGGGGCUUGGGGGCCGAGAUAGAUCAGGAGAGAUCAUGAGGAUCCACAGGGAAAACCAGGCCAAACUCCAGGCGAUGUCUCAGUCUGAGAUAAUAGAGGAGCAGCAGAAACUCUUAUCUCAGCUUGAUCCGAGACUGGUGGAGUUUGUUAAAUCUCGCAAAGCCCAGAGUGUGCCGUCCUCUGCCUCCCCAUCCAAACACCCUGAGGGCAAAAGCAACGAGGACAGUUGUCCUCUUGAAAGUUUGAGCAGAGAGUUGGACUCCUCUAGUGCUGCUGUGCCGUUUCAGAAACCCCAAGAAGUGGAGAUGGAAGCGGAAGAGGAGGAGGAGGAAUUGUCACCUCCAUCUACUAUGACAGAGGAGGAUCUUCCAGUGAAACCUCAGAAAGAAUGGGUCCACAUGGAUAAGAUAGAGCCAGAGAAGCUGGGAUGGAUGGGAGACUUGCCUGCACCAAGAAAGAAAGGAACCAAGAAGGCCAUGCAGGCUCGUUUUGAUUUUGCUGGUAGCUUGAUUCCACCCAUUGUGGAUCUGCCCACUCACCUGGGGCUGCACCAUCAUGGAGAGGAGCCUGAGCGGGCAGGUUACACCCUGCAGGAACUCUUCUUGCUGUCUCGGAGUCAGGUCAUCCAGCAGAGGAGUCUAGCCCUCAGCACUCUAGCCAACAUACUCUCAAAGGCACGUGCUGGAGAGUACCUUUCUGUUCUAAAGGGCAGCGUGAUGUCCACUCUGCUUGAUGCCGGCCUGCUCUUCCUGCUCCGCUUUGCAUUGGAUGACAGUGUGGAGGGAGUGUUGUCUGCAGCUGUGCACGCGCUUAAAGCACUCCUAGUGUGCCCAGAAGAUGAAGAGUGUUUGGACUGGACAUUCUCCUGGUUUCAUGGCCUGGCCUCCUACCCUCUGCUGCCGUCUGCUCAGGAGGAGGAAGGUGAGGAGGAUGAAGGGCUUGAUGCAAGUAUGAAGGAGACACCCAAAGAGAAGGAAGAAAAGAAGAGCGAUCAUGAUGUGGCCAGGCAGGAUGUUGUCAAGGGUCUGUUAAAGAUGAAACUGCUCCCGAGGCUACGUUACAUUCUUGAGGUAGUGCGACCAUCACCUCGAGUGGUCCAUGAUGUCCUAGAGGUCCUGACUCGCAUCACUAGGCACUCGUCCUCAUCUGCCACCCAGGUGCUGGAUUGUCCUCGCCUGAUGGAGACAGUGAUGUCCAACUUCCUUCCCACUUCCUGGACAUCUCCAUCUUUAUCUUUUUCUCCAUCUGUUUAUGGACUCCCGCUGGCCAGCACCAUGAAGCUCUUAAGAGUGUUGGCUGCCUCUGGCAGACAUGUCUGCGCCAGACUGUUAAACUCUCUGGGGGUGAGUGAGCAUCUGUCAUGUCUGCUCAGUGCUGAACCCAGUGAGUUGCUGCUGGAGCCAUCCGAGGCCAUCAGGAUCACCACCGAAGCCUACAGGUUGUGGGCUGUAGCAGCCAGCUAUGGACAGGCCUGCAAAUUAUACAUAGACCUGUACCCAGCCUUAGUAAAAGCAUUGCAGUUUGUUCACCGAGCACUGGCCCCUUCAGAUCCUCUGUUGCCUCUGCAGCUCCAGCGGAUCUUGGCCCUGCUUUCUCUGCUCACGCAGGUCACGCACACUGCCGGGUGCCACCAGGAGCUACAGGCUGGCAUAGUCAGCUCUCAUGGAGAAGAGUGCCCUCCUCCCCCUCCAGUAUCAUGGGGUCAUGUCACAGGGUUACAGGCAGCAUUACUGGGGCAGUUGAAGGGCUUUGUGAGGAGUCUUGAUAAUCCAGUUGAGAAAGACAACAGCCUGACUCUGAUACCAGCUUACCUGGUUUACCUAGAAGCUUACUACCAUAAGCUCUCCAAACAGAAUUCUUUCAAGCCGGUUGACACCCUUCAAGAGCUGGAGCAGCUUACGUCUGAGGUUCUCCUCCCUCUAAUGUCUCACAGUGUUGUGCACGGUCUGAUAAAAAACCUCAAGUCUUCUUCAGUAGUGUGUAAUGUCCACAGUAGCCAUCCAGACCCAGAGACCACCCCUAGCCUCCCUGGCUUGGCCUGCCCAGGCUGGAGAGAUCGUCCAGGUCUGGUUGUUCCCAGCUCCCCCUUCCCUCUUCUCACAGGCCUGGCGCUCCUCUUGGAAACAGUCAUAGGCAUACACAGAGGUCUCAGUUGCAAGGCCACUGGUCUCCUCCUGUCAGAGCCUGUGAUUUGCUACUUGCGUAGCUGCAGUCAGGCUACACCCACCCUGUCUCACACAAGGGCCUGGCUUCUCCGACAUGAACACCACCUCCUCUACCUGCUGCUCCGCCUGGCACACAGACUGGUUCCCAUUGAGCCAGAUGUAGCGAAACAUGCAUCACUCUACCACCAGGUGGCGCUGGUUCUGUUGCCAUGGUUACUGCCAGGCAGUGAAUACUUGGCACAUGAACUGCUCUCCACCAUCAUCUUUUGCAAGGACUUUAUACUAGAGGGCCACAGCGGAGGACCUGAGGCCGUAGAGCUAGGGGAGCUGAAGCUUCAUGACGAAACUCAACGCCACCCUUCUCCCUCUCUCCAGACUGUCGGCACUCUCCUGAGAAAAGCCUGCGUCCAGCUGCCCUCCAUAAGAGGCUGCUUCCUCACUCACCUGGCGCACCUGGAGCCAUGUGUACUGGUGUCCCGAGAUGCUCUCCUCGGCCGCAACCCCUGGAUCAGUUCCCGUUUCCUUCCAGAGCUCACCGGUCCCACCCUGCCAUCUGACUGGCCUUUCCUCCCACUAGUCAGUCUGUAUGAAAGCGCCGGCAUGUCUGAUGGUGGGGGGUUAGCUGUGGAGGAGCUUCCGUCGGGAGCUCUGCAGGCUGUAACCCACUGUCUGCAGUGGCUGCUGCUGCUGGAGAUGUGGAGGGAAGAGGCGCUAAAGAUGAUCCCCCCUGCUGCCAAGAUUGCCCGCUUGUCCUGCAUAUUCCUGUGUUCCAGUGACUUGUUCCUGGAGAGACCCAUUCAGAAACUGACCUGGGGUCUAUUUAGGCUGCUGACAAGACAAGCCAGACUGGACUCUUUGGACCUGAACAUCCCGCCUCCAGGUCUAGCCUCCUUCCAGGACUUGUACUCAGCCCUGUUAGCCCAGUAUGAAGCUGUGUCUUUUGGAGACCGGCUGUUUGGCUGCUGGGUCCUAUUACCCCUGCAGAGGAGGUACAGCACCACCUUGAGGCUGUCUGUGUUUGGAGAACAUGUAGGGAUGCUGAGGUCACUGGGGGUCACUCUGGAGCAGCUGUGCAUCCCUAUCGAGCGGUUAAACUCUCCCCCUGAAGACUCCCUCCCUCUCCUCCGUCUCUAUUUCCGCUCUUUGGUAAUGGGGACCCUCAAGCUCUGCUGGUGUCCAGUCUUGUAUGUGGUAGCCUUGUCUCACGUCAACUCCUUCAUCUUCUCUCAGCACGCUGCAGAACAGGAGACUGAAGCAGCUCGACACAGCAUGCUGAGGAAAGUCUACUACCUGACCGAUAAGGUGUUGAGGACCCACUUGCUGCUCUUCCGUCUGCCCCAUCAGCAAUCAGAGAUUGGCUUCAAUAUGUACGAGCAGUUGCCUCCCAUUAGAGCAAAGCUUUUGGAGAGUAUCCUGGGACUGCAGGACAGCAGCGAUAACAAAGGCGACUGAGUGGAAAACCACAGGUAGUGAGUCAGUAAUUUACAGAAAACAGUAAGAUACAGAAGGGAUGCCAGUAUGAAAUUGAAAGAUGAGAAGAGCACGAGUAGAGGAUGCUGGGAAAGAAAGCUUGGCAAACAUUCAGUGAGACAUUGACUUCAUCUACUAAAGGUGUGUUAGAAAGUUGGGACUUGGAGCAAGAGCCAACAUGGCCACAAGAAAAUUUUAUGUGGCGUUUCUUCUUCAAGUAAAUCAAACCUGAGGUAGACUGAGAGCCUGUUUAAUCCGUUUUUGAUUUUCCAAGGUUAAUCUAACCAAAUUAAGAUUAGCGGGACAAGGGUCCCACAGACCUAAUCUCUGAUCAGACAGGUGGAAUUUGAUGUUUUUUUCUUGUGAUACCAGCCCCAUUGCCAGGGUUACUGUGUGUCUGCGGGGCUUGAAAAACAGCCCAGGAAGGUUCUCUGGCAUCCCAGAGUAAAGACCAACAUCCUGUUCUACAAGUGCCUGACAAUGACUUUUUUGUAAAUAAAACCUGAUUAAGUAUGUGUAACGUAAA